CGUUCUCCGUCACCGCUUCAUAAGAGGCGGCGCCAUUCUCGAUCGCGCUCGUCAUCUCGCUCUCGCUAUAAAUCCCGAAGGAGUGACAGGUCUCGUAGCCCGCGCCCUAGGCGAAGGCGUCGCUCACGUAGUCAUUCCGCCUCAGUGAGCUUGUCGAACGAUUGUCAAACAGACGAUGACCGAGCUCGUGGCGAGCGCCAUCGUUCUCAUCGUAGGGAACACGAAAGAAGGAUUCACCGGCACAAAAGCCGAAGGAGCAGUCGGAGUCGUGAAAGAACAGAAAGAAAGAAAGAUAAGAAGAGGAGGAAAGAUGGGGCUGUGACAGCUCAAUGGGGAAAAUAUGGGAUUAUUGACGAGUCUGACAUGUAUAACAAGGAAGAUGAAUUCCGGGCUUGGCUCAUCGAAGAGAAAAUGAUCAACCGUGAAACGCUGUCGAAGGAUCAGGAGAGAAAAUUGUUCUCGUCAUUCGUUGAAGAUUACAAUACAGCAACUCUACCUCAUGAGAAGUACUAUAAUAUGCAUAGUCAUGAAGCCCGAAUGAAUCAACUACGAAUGGGCGAACUUCUCCCGCAAUCGUCAACAUACGAUCCUGACGCGGACCUGAAGGCGCACACAGCUCACCAUAAGCGUGGCACAGCAGAGACAGAGACGUACCUCUCGAAAGCGCAGUUAACGGAACUGCGAAAAGUGCAAAAUGAGCGGAUUCAGGCGGGUAAAAUGAAAAUCCUUGGUCUUCAAGUCAAAGGCAGUAUGGGAGUUCGGAUGGAUGGGAACGAAUUUGAUCCCUAGCAGCAGAUUGCAGCAGAUACUAGGAAUGUGUAUGUAUCAUGGAUAGCAGAAACUUCGAUGUUGCAUGGUAAUAAUAGUACAAGAAUGAGGGGCGUGUGGCUCUAAAG